AUGACUAUUGUAUUGUGUGAAAAUUGUCAAAAUGAACCUCGCGAAGAUUUUUAUUUACUUUCACUAGCAAAACUGAAAGAUUUUGGUGCAGAUUAUGAAGCUAUUAAAUCCAAAAAUCUUGACAUUAGUAGAAUAAUUAAUACAUUUACGAUUACAGCAGAACCAGUAACUGAAUUCAAUCCCAUAGAUCAUGAAAUGGAUGAGUUAUCAAGAAAUUUAUUAUUAAGUCAUCCCAAUCCAGCUAUCCAUAAACUAGUCCCGAUAAGCGUUAAUGGAGAUGGUGAUUGUUUGUUUUACACGCCUCAAAUGUUUUAUCCUGAUACGUCAAUUGAAGAACUUCGUCUUCGAUCAAUUAGUGAAUUGUGUUCUCAUGAAAACUAUCAUGCAUCAGUGGUCGAUGGAGUGUUGAAUUUAGUAGAUGAUGAAAAUGUUGACAAUCAUGUCAAAAGAAUUUUAAACAAUGUACAGUAUGGUGGUGUAUUAACGUUAAGUGCUGAACCACAAACAGGUCAAAUAUGGCGAGCGAACCAUUUCGUCCCACUUCUGUCAUCAACAGAAAAUCAGGAUCAUUCAACAUGUGCAACGACACACAAUAAUUACCCUUCAUCAAUUAAAUUACAUCCAUUGAUCGGUGUUGAGUGUGAUUUGGAAGAACAACAUGAACUGUCAGAAGAAAAUUAUAGUAUUUCAAAUGAAAAAAUCAAUAUUUCAAGAUUUGUGUUUCACGAUGCGUCACAUGUGAUAAAUCAAAUUUUUAAUGUUAAAAAUGAAAAUAUCAAUGAUACGGUGCCACAAAAAAGUAUUCAUCGAUCAACACAAUUUAUUAUCAAAUUUACUGAAGAAAAUAAGCAAUCAGUAGGAAAGGAUGGUCAUGGUGCCUGGAUACAAGAUAGGUCUGUUGAAACAUUAUUUGUGACGGCUAAAUCAGCCGGUACGCAUCGGGUGGUUUGA